UUGACGCCACAGAUGCUCAAGCCCGCCGUCGCGGACGGUCUCAUCAGCCUCAUGGCCCCCAUCCAGGCGGCCUACCAAGCCUCCACCGAGUGGCAGGAGAUCACCGCCAAGGCCUACCCGCCUCCUGUCGUCGAGAAGAAGCAGAAGAAGGUCAAGAACAAGGGCACUCGCCACCCCGGUGCUGCCGCUGAGCCGGAGAAGCCGGCCACGGAGUAGGAGAUUUCGAACAGGAAGCUUUAGCGUACGAUAUACAAAAAGCACGUACAGUUCAUCUAGAACUUUUAGCGAUAGACCACUUUUCAUGACAAAUGACUCUGGAAGUUUUUGAUAUCUUUUUUCCGGGGAGAGGUACAAGAUGUUGAGCGUGGCCAAAGAUAGCCUUAGAUAGAGCCAGCGGACUGGCGUCUGAGUUUCAUCACAUCAAAU